AUGUCUCCUGUGAGGCAGCCCUUUGCAGUUCUGGGUGAUGCCAGACUGCGAACAGCCAACAGCAUCAAAAACAAACAGAACGACAACUCUGACUCCGAGAAUAUUGACCCUCUUCUCAUGGGCUCUCCUUCUAAACGCAACAAGGGCAGCAUCCAACUGCAUCAAGAUACCACUAGCAGCCUCCACACCUUCAUCAAGCCUGUCUUGACGGUGAAGACUCCGGCAAAGCCGCGAAGCAGCAACUCAGAGUUCGUCACUCCAGCACGUCCCAUUCGAGGCCAGACUUCCCUUUCUGCUCCUCUCAGGGCCCCGGCUGGCCGUUCGCCAAAGGCAAAGACAAAGAGUGUAAAGGCUUUUGGUCGUCGAAGCCUUGGUUACUGCCGCAUUGACCCUCCCGCCAUCUCCAAGCGUAGCAUGUCCCGAGCUCCUUUCUCUAUUGCAGAUGCUCUCAAUGGCACCUUCACUGUUUCUAGUCCUGUUGUCGGGCCGAUUCCAUCAGCCACGCUGAAGAUGAGACGUCCAAAGGCAUGGGAUUUUGAAAUCCACGCCGACACCGAGCAGGAUGAGAUGGCAAACCUGAUGGAGCAUUCAACUUGUGUUCUCGACAUUAGUGACGACGAAGAGAAACAGGCACGGGAUACCAGAGGCAAAGAGAAUAUCCCACCCCCACAGUCUCUAGCCGACAGCACUCAAUCUGCAGCUGCCCAACAAACAUCCACCACUACCAGAAAUGUCGACAUGGGAGACGAACCUCGUUCGCCCCUGGGGGAGCUCGACGUAAAGUCAUUUGUCCCCGAAGGAGAAAGUAUCGACAGCGUGAUCGAGGUUCCCGAAGAGGAAGAGGAAGCUGCUGCUGAACAAGUUCCAGCUCCUCUCGAGCAGUGCUCGGAUACCACUCCCAAGAAACAGCCCAAGUCAUCCGCUCAGCCAGAUACCCUCUCUCAAUCCGCAAUCUCCGCUCUAAUUGAACGUACCGCUCCAAAAGUUCAGGUUGAAGAACCAACCAAGAAAGACGUAACUGACGAGUUAGCCCCUUCUGCUGCAGAGAUAGAAAUCUGGGAGAGCGCCAGUGCGGCUGAAGAGGCUUUGACUGCCACCGCAGAAGCCGACAAGCCCACCGAGCCUGUUACUCCCUUGUCUUCCUAA